GACUGAAACUUUACUGAUGGAAAUCAAGUUAGUCUACUGAUCGAUAUCUAUCUCCAUAAUGCAAAUAUUGGUGAUAGAAGCGCUGAACAGUGGUAUAUAUCUCGCACGAACGCUAUUAUCACGCAUCACUAACAUUCCCCACUGCUCGCUCGCAGCCAUCCCUCCAAUAUGGGAUCAUUUGAGACUAAGGUCAGACCCUAGUCUCAUAUGAUCCCAGUAGGUGGUCGUUCAUCAGCUUGAUCUUUUUUAAGCUAUUCGACGGUUGCCGCCGCCGCCGCCAUGGUGGUAUACGAUUGGGUACUAACACUUGGACAAGAGAUUGAAUUGAUCUGGAGGCGACGCUGGUCUCUCAUGAUUGUGCUGUAUUUGGUUAUCCGUUAUAUUGGAAUACCAUAUUUUGUUGUUGCGUAUGUCUCAUUAGUGUGCACUGUGUUCUAUUCGUCUGACCAGCACACAGAAUAUAUUCGAUUGGUCUCGCUAACAGAUGCAGUGAGUAUUCCGCAAUCAUUUCAUUCCUAUCUAAUGACUGCAUUUAUUUGUAGGGGUGGAUGUGAUUCUGACCCUUGAACUUGGCUCGACAUAAUGACUCGAUAGAUGUGAGUCGGAGUGUUUGAUCCUGCUACCACGGUGAUCAAUAAUUGGGUGUUUCAGGCGGUACACACCAGCGGUCGCCGGCCCGCAAAAACCACCAGGGAGUUUUAGUGGGUAUUGCGUGUCAGCGGAGCCCCACAUAACCGCCCCAUCCGGCAAUGGUAUGUGUAAAUGUAUUUCUUCCUAGAGUUAGCGCUCUUAUCAAUCGUGGUUCAACACCUGCGCUAUCUUGGGACCAGACGGUGUCGGUUGCCUUGCAGA